GGAUCAGCUGUUCAUGGCAAUGAUGGCGGACACUUGAAUGUGUCGUCGGCGUGUCAUAAAUGAUGUAUUUUACACGGAAAAGCAAAACCUGGUAGUUUUCUAAAAAAUGUGAAAACAUUUUUACGUGUAAAAUGCUCUAUUUUAUUUAUCAUAUCAUAUUUUAGGGAGCGUCUCAUACUAAGUCGAUUAUUGAGAGAAGUGGAAGCUGUCUAUUGAAAACAUCGCUUUGGAGGGCAACAUAUAUCAUGAAUGAAAAAAUUAAAAGAUAACCAGUACUAGUUUUUAUAUGCAAAUUUAUAUUAUGGAAUUUAAAAGUGAGCCAUUUGAAGAAUUUUAUGAUGUUUAUGAAGAAAUCGGAAAAGGUCAGUUUGCUGUUGUUAGACGUUGUGUUGAAAAAUCUACUGGCAAUCAAUUUGCUGCAAAAUUUAUGCGAAAGCGUCGAGUGUGCCGUGGAGUGUCUUCAGAAGACAUUGAGAGAGAGGUCAAACUUCUAUUACAAUUGAAACAUAAGAACAUAGUGUCACUCCACCAAGUGUUUGAAAGUCGUCAAGAAGUAGUUCUUGUAUUAGAAUUAAUUGAAGGAGGUGAACUCUUUCAUUAUGUGUCUAAACGGGAUCGUUUGGAUGAAAAUGAAGCAGCGCAUUUUAUUCGUCAAAUUUUGGAAGCACUUGAACAUAUGCAUAACAAUAAUGUUGCUCAUUUGGAUCUCAAGCCAGAAAAUAUACUCUUACUCAAUCAUGAGUCACUUCACAUUAAACUUAUUGACUUUGGCCUUUCACAACAAUUGGCCCCAGAUACCAGACUACGUGCUAUGUUUGGAACACCAGAAUUUGUAGCCCCUGAGAUUGUGAAUUAUGAACCUUUGUCUUUAGGAACUGACAUGUGGGCUCUGGGUGUAAUCACAUAUAUUCUAGUGAGUGGAGCCUCCCCUUUUCUGGGUGACGACAAACAAGAAACUUUUUCAAACGUUGUUGCUGGCAUUUACAGUUUUGAUGAUGAGUAUUUUAGUAAUGUCUCUGAACUAGCUAAAAAUUUCAUAUCUCAACUGUUAGUCAAAGAACCUUCUGAAAGAGCGACUGUAUCAGAUUGUUUACAACAUAUUUGGUUACAGACGUACUCAGCAGCACCAGUGGUAGAUAAUGUAAAAAUAAUUGAAGAAUCUGAAGAAAUAAAAGAAGAAAAGAAAGAUGCCAGUGAGCUCAUGAAUGAAAUGAAUAAAGUUGUUCUGAAAGAAAAUGAGAAAAAUACUAUUAGAGAAAAUAAGAUAAAACGUAACAGAAAACAUAAUGUACAGAUUUUGAAGAAAUGGCAUCAUUGUCUACAGGCUAUUCGCAUAUGCUUGCGUUUACAGAGUGCUGCCGUGUGUUUCCCAGGUAGCAAGGAGGAUAAUUUUGUUGUCCUGGCAUUACAUUGUGCUGCAGUGGAAGGAAACUCUGAAGGGCUGGAUGAACUUUUGGGUUUGGCAGAUAUUAACGUGAAUGUCACUAAUAAGCAUGGAGUUACAGCAGCUCACAUAGCUGCCGGUCAAGGCCAUGAUAUGGUCUUGACAUUAUUGCAGGCUAGAGGAGCUAAUCUGUAUGCUAUUGAUGAUCAUGGCGACACCCCUUUGAUGUGGGCUGCACGACAUGGACAAGCAGAGACAAUGAAAAUGCUUGUUAAUAUAGGUGUUACUAUCAGUUGUCAAAACAAGGAAGGUGAUAGUCCUUUACACUAUGCUAGUAGCAGAGGUCAUUUAGACUGCCUACGAGUAUUAGUGGAUGCUGGUGCAAGUUUGGAUCUAGCAAACAACUGUGGGGCUACAGCUUUACAUCAAGCAUUGGCUAAACGACAGUCUCAUUGUGCUAUGUUUCUUUUGCAUUCUGGAGCUGAUAUAGACCUACAGGAUGUGAGUUCACAACGAGAGGACUUCAUCAAACAACUUAUUCCCACUUCUCAGCCUUUGGGCCGAAUUAAUGUCAAGUUUUUUGGACAUUCUGGAGUGGGCAAGUCCACCCUAAUUGAGUCUCUGAAGGCUGGCUAUUUUCUCAGCUUUUUUCGCAAAAGCAAAAGUACUCCAGGAAACAACACACACUCAGGUUCAACUUCUCCUGGUAGUAAAACUCAGAUUGAAAUGGAUGUAACAUCCUCUCGCACAUCAUUGAGUUUUGAUACUUACAAUUAUCAAUAUACUCGUGGAAUCAAUGUGCAACAGGUGAAUUUGUCAGGGCCUGGUGAUGUGUCCUUGUGGGAAUUUUCUGGGCAAGAUACAUAUUUCCUUGUGUAUGACCGAUUUCUUGGCAAUACCAAUUGCUUACAUGUUGUGGUGUUCAAUCUGGAAGACCCACCCAGUGCACAGCUUCAACAGUGUUGCUUCUGGCUUAGUUUUCUGCAAGCACGCAUUCCUCCUGCUGAACCUCUCGGGGAUCGUGGUGUGGCAAACCGUGUGGCGCGUGUUCUCCUUGUGGCAACUCAUGCUGAUUCAACACGCACUCCACGUACUGCUUCUGGUGCCUAUGUCAGCUCACAGGCUGAACGUGUACUGGAACAAGUGCGUGAGCGAUUCGGCACACUCUUUGACAUCCAUGAUCAUGUUACCGUUGUGGAUUCUCAUGUGCCAGCUGGUCCUGGUAUAAAGGCAAUUAAAAAUUACCUGGCUGAAGGCAAACGUCAGGUAUUACAGGAGGUACCAAGAACCACUGCCUUUCUUGAAGGUGUUGUGAGCUGGUUACAUGCAUUACGUCGCAAUUCACCCAAUUUUCCUGUUCUGCCAUGGCCAUCUUUUGUGGAACUUGUGCACUGCAAUGUUAACCCACUCGCUGGUGAAGAGCAUUUGCGGGAAUUAUUGCAACAACUGCAACUUAUGGGAGAGUGUGAAAACGAUGAUGAAUUGGAGUUUGAAUUUCCUUGUUACAACUUUGUUGAGACUCUGGAUGGUCUCUGGGAUGAGUCAGAUCCUCGUUAUUGUGGACCAGAUAGUUGCUAUGGAGGUGUGAAGCUGCGCUCUCCACCUGAAACAUUUCAUUUAAUUCACAGCAUCUUUCCUCGGAUUCAGGUUCAACUACGGCGUACUGUGCAAAGUCUUAGUGAUCCAGACAGUGACUUGUACCAAUGGUUCGAAGGCUCAAAGUUGUGUUCUGGGCCCAUUGAAAGCCUUAUCACAUUGGAAGAAGAUGGUGAGGCAGUGGAAAUGAAAGUGAGAGGACCCGUUGGAUCAGAGUUGGCAUGUUUCUAUUUUAUGGAGGAAUUGUUAGGAAUUGUUGACCAGGUAUUGUUGGAGAUGAGUCCUGGUUUACCUAUUGAAAAGCAUGUGCUGAGUGCAGAACAACUACGUGAACAUAGUGAAGAAGUGCAUUGUUGGUCACCAGCAGAUCUCAUGGAGGCUGUGUUGAGACCUCAGCGUCUUGACAGUACUCUCCUCAACCCUGUGACAGAGCAUAAGGAGACACUGUUGGACCUUGUGGGAUUUGGUGCACCUGAGGUGCGCGACCUGGUCCUUACAGGAGAUGAACUUCCAGUAUCUGCCCUUUCUACAGUUUGUCGCCAGCAGUUGUGUCGCUUGCUAGAUCCGCCGGAUCCCCUUGGCAAGGACUGGUGCUUGCUUGCUGUGAAACUGGGCCUUGAUGAUAAGAUUGCCACACUUGAUUUAGAAAACAACUUAUCCAUGAGCCGGACUGCACGUCUUUUGGAUGAAUGGGCCAAAGAUAGGACAACAGGAAUUGGGUUACUUAUUAAAGGUCUUCAGGAUUUGGGCCGAGAAGAUGCUUGCCAGAUACUUCUUCGUAGUGCUCCUCUUUACCGCAUAGUGCCAUCUACUGUUCCACAGAACUCACCUGUGGAUGGAUCUCAUAAUUCGUGUUCAAAUUUGUCCCGAUGAAGGAAUAAAAUACAAGAAUCAGUUGCAGAUUUACAAUAUUACAUUUAUUCAUCAUACUUUUUGAUGGUUAAAGAAGAGCUUGAGGGUAUUUGAAUUACCCAUAUUUUCUCUUUCUCAAGUCCUAGGAGAAGGUAAUUGAUACUGUGGUGCGUUGCAAACAGGUUAGGAAAGAUUGAGAAAAGAAAAGAAAUGUUUCAUUUUCUCUCAUACUGAUGUAUGCAAUAGAAAAUAUGCAAUAGUGAUUUAUAUCUUUUGACCUUCUCAGUAGCAACAGAUAGUAUUUAUUAUUCUCAGGAUGUGCAUGACUUUUUAAAGUGUGAUUCUUGUGACUUAGAAGCAGUAGACUGCUCCAUUGUUGAUACUUAAGCAUUUUAAAUGCAGUGGCCUAUACAGUGUUAAAAUUAGAAGUAAUUAAAAAUAUAAAAUAACGUACCUAUAUUAGAUUAUAAACUAGAGAUUUUGUUUAGAUGUGUCAAUUUCUCUUGAAUGAAAUUCUGUACAACGAAAUGACACCAGGGUUUUAUGAAAACUCAAUUCUGUUAAUGAUGCUGAGAUUAUUUGUCUAUAUUUAUACUUUUUAAAGCUGUAGUCAGUUUGGUAGGGAAAGAUUACAGUGCAAAACUUCUUGGAGCCCAAAUACUUGAUUCUCUGCCAAUUAUUUUCCACAUAUCCUCCUCAGAUUCUGUCUUCCAAACUAAUAACAACUUCACAGAUUUUUUUGAAGCAGUUUCCUUAGGAAUUGGAAACAACGAAUGCCUGUUGGAUAGUUGCCUGAAUUGGAUGAAUGAAUCCAGGAAAUAAUUUGGAAAAAUAGUUUGAGAAGACAGUUAUCCUUUAUAAGUGAAUAAAAAAUGUAAAAUCAUAAACUUAAUAUUGUACAUACACUAUUUUUAGAUAUUGAACUGCAUUGAAGUAUCAAAUUACUGUAUGAAUUGUAUUUUCAUGAAGCAUAAGUAGCUAAUACUGGGAAAAACAAAAGUCUUGUAAUACUUACUUUACUGUCCUAUAUCUGUUCAAAGACUUGCUGAAGUGUCAGCUCUGUUGGAGGUAAUCUGUUUAAUCAUUGCCAAAAGUCCAGCUGGGGCUUUAUGUUUUGUGGUGUUUCCAAUAGACUUACUUUAUCUGAAAUUUUCAAAUAUUUGAGGUGACAUGCACACAAGGAGCUUCUAGCAGUGUGAACAAUCAUGUCACUACUCAUCAAAUGGGAAGAAAGGAUAUUUGGAUGUGUGAAUUUCUGUAGCUACUGGGAAGUGCUCAGUUGCAUGUUCUACACUCCAUAGGAGUAAUAACUACAUAUGUGAUGUACUGAGAUACUGAAUGUCUAAAUGUGGGCUGAAAGCUGUACAUUUUGUUAUACCAUUUUUUGACUGAAAAAUGAGUUAGCACUUGUAUUUUCCUAAGAUAGUGCCAAAGGUAAUGAAAAAUGUUUUAAUUAAUCUAUACUCUUAGAAUAUAUUACUUUCCUAUUCAGAACAGCUGAGCUGUUUGUUUAUGGAAGUGUUUAUAUGCAAUUAGACUAAUGUAUGGUUUAGGUAAUAGAUGUAAUGUAAUAUUUCAGUGUUUUGUGUCAUUAGGAAUCAUAAUAUUUAUUUCACACAGUGUUGAUCACUAAAUAUUAUAAGGCAAAGUUUAUCACUACCUUCUAAAACUGGAGACUAAUUGUUUCCUUCAAACUAAAUAUUUCAUAUUCCUAACCUUGAAUCAAUAUCCUAAUCUACAAAGAGCACGCCUUUCCGUCCGGUAAACAAGGGAACUGAAGUUGGGGAAGACGUUCAAGUAGACUGACUUAAAGCUGUGGUCUUUCCACUCCUUAACUUUCCAAAAUUCAGAAUGUUGUAUUGGCUUUUGAUAACUAUGUAAUUUGUACAGGGUUUUUUACCAUAAAAGGUAUGUCAGUAUUUCUUGACACACUAGUCAAGUACAAGUAUUACAAAAUUUACAAAUUCCUCUAUUUCUGAUCAUUAAAUAAUAUUAAACAUUUUCUUUAUCAUUCUUCCUCAGCUUUAAGAAAUAAACAAUCUAAAUGUGUUUAUAUCCAGUACCUAUUUGCAUAUACUUACAUUAUUGUCAAUCAUGCUCCUGAGUGUGAAACUUGUAUGCACCUUGCACUAUGGCCAUGUAUUGCAUGCAUUGUUUUUGAGAAAAUAAGACUUAUUUAUCCCAUUCUGGUUUUACAACACCAAUGCUUGUGCCACACUAUUUUCUGGUAACUGUUUUCAUGUGAUAACUGAGUGAUCUUUUAUACUCACGAGAUGCAUUCCAAUUUUGAGGUUUUUCUUGCUGAGCACUGUAAUGUCUGCAAAAUGUUAUUUUAUUACAUGUAUAAAAAUUAUCCUACAUAUCUGUGUAUCAAGAGUUGAAAUUUGAGUGAUUAUUUAUGAGAAUUUAAAGAAAAAUGUCCAUUGAUUCUUGAGAAAGCUUUAAUUGUGUUGAUACUGUGUGAUGAAUUGUGUGCUAUUUGUAUAUAUUUAUUGAUAGUUUGUAAACAUUUUUGUGUUGGUUAAUAUUUGUACUUAACAUAACGAGGUAUUUUUCUGAGAUCUUACGUUGCCAUGAGCUGUCUAUGAAACUCAUUUAUAGUUUGUAAAGUGAAUUUCUUGAGCAAACCUUUUUCUCUUUUUGAAUAAUUCUGUUUAAUGUCCCAGAAGUUUGAGAAAAUGUACAUACAAUGUUAAUUGAUAAACUAUUGCUCAUUAUGUGGCUUUAACCUGCUGUGUAGUGUCACAUUCCAUCCAAAAUAACAUGACAAGGUACUUAAUUUUUUAUUUUAUCUUUGAAAGAUUUUCUAGUCACUUGGACUUUUGCUGAUGAACUGAUUCUUGCAGAAAAUAUUCUUACAUGGUAAUGGUUAGAAUUAUUUGACAUUUGUUUUUGUACAAACUUUGUAAGUGCAUGUUUUCAUAAGGUUCUAUUUACACUUGUUAAAUUUUAGUGUGUAUAUGUAAGGUCUGUACAACGUUGAAAUACUUUUGCAAAUGCAAGCAACUUUUCAAGUUUAAUUUUUGUGAACUUGUUCACUGUACUUACUUUAUUUCCUUGAUGAAAUAAAAUUAUGUUUGUAAUUAUA